AUGGAGCAUGCUGGAGCACGAGUCACCAAAAGCAUGACCAAGGGAUGCGUCCAAGGCUCAACCUGUGGACCCAUCCUUUGGAAUAUAAUCCUAGAUGAACUUCUCGAUCUACCCCUCCCCCCAGGAUGUCAUAUACAGGCGUUUGCUGAUGACGUCUUCCUCACGAUUACCGCAAAAAACGUCGAAGAGAUAGAACACCAUACAAACAGCGCCUUAGACACAAUAGUUAAAUGGGGAAGGAGCGUUAAACUGGAGUUCGGCCCAUCUAAAACUAAAGUAAUUUCAUUCACACCCAGAUGUAAAAGAGCCAUUAUUAAAAUAGACAAUCACAACCUCAUUUUUGAUAAAGAAAUUAAAUAUUUAGGCUUAAUAAUAGACGAGAAUUUGACGUUUACCAGCCAUGUGCAUUUCAUUAUAAAUAAAGCGAGUCGAAUUUUCAAUAAACUUUGCCUUUACACAAGACCCACUUGGGGCGCACAUCCAGAGAACAUCAGGACCAUCCACAAUCAAGUAAUAACACCUAUAAUCACUUACGCGGCGGGUAUUUGGGGACACAUUGCCCAUAAACUAUAUAUAAAAAAUGACCUACAGAGAUUACAACGAGGCUUUGCAAUUAAAGCGAUCAAGGCAUUCCGCACUGUCUCCACAACCGCAGCGCUAGCGCUCGCUCAGUUCACUCCUUUUGACCUAAAAAUUUUAGAACAACAUGCUAUAGAAACCACCCGACUCACAGGUGCAUCCCCCAUCAUACCCAACAAUAUCCCCUUAGAACGUCCUACCCCACCAGGCAAGCUUCUUCACCCUGCACUCAGAAUAAAUACUGAAAUCAGUAAACUAAGCAACCAGGAGGAAAUCGUCCAAAUUUGCCCCCCACACGCCUGUCAAAUUUACACUGACGGCAGCAAACAAGAGAACGGGGCGGUAGGUGCAGCAUUUGUAUGCUGGGACCCACAUACCAAUAGAUCCACACCCAAAAAAUACAAACUCCACCACACUUGCACAGUUUUCCAAGCAGAGCUUUUUGCCAUCGCAGAAGCAUGCAACUGGGCACGCAAUAAAAAAUUCAUAAGCACAUAUAUCUUUUCCGACUCUCUCUCAUCCAUACAGGCCAUUCACAAUAGGAGUAACACCCAUCCACUAGUCACUAAAAUUCAUUACAUUAUACACUCACACAGAGAUAUAGGGGAAAUCAAAAUUUUAUGGGUCAAAAGCCACAUUGGUAUAACUGGCAACGAGACCGCAGACUCCUUAGCCAACUCAGCAGCCACAUUACAUAGAAGCCCCGAUUAUGCCUACUUCCCCCUUUCACACAUCAAGCAACAAAUACGUCUUCGUCAUCGUCAGUCUUGGGAGAGGAGAUACCAGAGCGCGCCUCAAGGGAGUCACACACGUUCUUUGCUCCCCACUUUAGACAGCGUUGACAAUCUAUGGUCUGCUGCUAAGACAUCUUUUCAAUUCACGCAGUAUCUCACAGGGCACGGCUUUCACAAGUCAUACCUCUACAGAUUCAAAAUCGCAGAUAACGAAGCGUGCCCCUGUGAUGAUACCACUGCACAAACUUUUGAUCACUUAAUUAAGGACUGCCCACGCUUUCAAAAUUAUAGAUUAGACCACAAGCUCCUUUGUAGGUGCCUCAAGGUGUCUCCAUACUCCCUGCCCGAACUCCUGUCUAAGAAAUCUGCCCUUGAUUCUUUCACUAAAUUCAUCACAUAUAUAGUUGACCAUUUAAAAGCAUUCAACAAUCCCAACCCUUAA